CUUCUCUUCCUAGUUGCACACACAUCCCUUACUGAAACCUACGAGUGUGACUGCCAUACAGAAUGAGCGUAUAUCAGGACUGGCAGCUGCCGAUUAGAUGGGCAUGGAGUCUCAUUUAUAGUCUGGCUAACACUCAAUAUCUCCCAAAAUCCAAAGCAGACACAUUGUUACUUCCCGAUUCCCAGACUACGAGCACGACACUCAAGCUUCGAGCACUCUAUGAUCAGGCGUGGCGCUCUAUUUCACCGACACUAGAACUGGCUCAGUCACCAACAUUCAAGCCAGCAUCCCUUUCACUCAGCAUUGAAAGCCGAACUCGGUUGACAUACGAAAGGGCUAAACUUAUAUGUGAUGCAUUCAACCUAACGGUCGAGGAUGCUCUGUAUCUCAGUCCGAACUUUUGGAAGAUACAGACUGACCUCAUAGGCUCAAUGGAUGGCGGAGCCAUCACGUUGAUCACCAUUCAAUACAACCUCUUCGUGGGCACUGUGGCACCAUACGCAGUGGGUCGACCGGACCUUGAACUUAUCCUUGACCGGGCCAUGAAAUUUGAGAUCUCAGGACAAUUCCUACUCACUGAAGUCGGUCAUGGGCUGGAUGCCCGUAACCUGGAAACGACGGCAACACUGCUACCAAAUGGAGAUUUCGACCUUCACAGCCCUAAUCCCGCCGCUGCAAAGUGCAUGCCGCCCACUACCCCCCGAAGCGGCCUUCCUACAAUCGGCGUCGUCAUGGCUAAACUGGUGGUGGCCGGAGAGGACUACGGGGUCCGUCCAUUCGUAGUCCCUUUGACAGAUGGACAACAGAUGUGCAAGGGAGUCACUUCAAAAGUCCUCCCUCCUCGCACCGGCGCCCAUCCAAUCGAUCACGCCCUCACAUCCUUCAACCACGUCCGCCUACCCAACUCCGCCCUCCUAGGGCCCAUCGAGAAGCCCAAAAACGAGCGAUCCCAAUUCUUCACCUCCAUCCAGCGCGUAUCAGCUGGAACCCUUUUCCUAUCCGCGGGCUGCAUCCCCCUUCUCAAGAACGCCAUCUACAACGCCAGCUUAUUCAGCAUGCGCCGCAAAGUGAAAGGUCAUGAUGGGAAGCCCGUGGCUGUAAUCCACUUCCGGACGCAGCAUCUUCCGAUUCUGCAUGCUAUUGCGCAGUAUCAUGUCCUGCAGGCGUUUUUCAUCAAAGCUGCGAUGGAGUUCCGGGACGUGAAGUAUGACCCGCGCGUGAGACAUGCGUGGGCGACGGUUUUCAAGGCUGUUGCGUUGCAGCAUUUUCAGAAGAGUAUUCGGGCUAUGAAUGAGGGGUGUGGGUGGCAUGGCUAUUUUGAGCAGAAUCAGAUUUUGCAGAGUGAGUUGGAGUUCCGGGCAGUCGGAACCGCAGAAGGCGAUAUCAGAGUCCUUGCUAUCAGACUCGCAAGCGAACUCCUCCUCGGUCGCUACCAGCUCUCACCACCCCAGAACCCAACCAGCCUCGUAGCUCAACACGAGCAAGGCCUAUUCGCAGAAGCCACCGGAUACCUCCACAGCAUUGGCGGCUUCCACCGCAGCGAGAAAUUCAACCGAAACAUCCUUCCUCUCUCGCUUCCUCUUGUGCAGGCAAUCGGACACAGGAUAGCCCUUGAAGCAGCGCAGAGCGCAGGAAUCGAUUCUAAACUUCUCGCCCUGUACGAGAGCGAAGUUAUCAGAGAGGACUCGGCCUGGUAUGCUGAGCAGGGCGGGCUUAGCAGGAAAGCGCAGAUUGAAAUGGAGGCGAAGGCUGCAGAUGCUCUUCUCCCGGAUCUGGAGAGGUUGGUACAGGAAACGGGUGCUCGGGCGUAUAGUAAUGCGCCGAUGGCGUCUGAGAAGGUGUGGGAUGAGUUUGUGGCGGGUUUGGAGGGUUUCUUUGGCGAUGCGUCGUUUGAUGUUGGGCUGGGUGUUUCGGAGAAGAAUUGUGUGGAAGGGGCGCAUCUAUGAAGCCUGAUAUCUUCCCUCGUGCGAGGAGGAUUGGGCGGCGGGUGUAUCUUGACAUAAUGUCGGAGUUAUUUUAACUCUUUAUCGUGAUCUGAGGCCUUUCCUUUCCUGCCUUGUUUAUCGCUUCAGGAACUGGACUAUAUGUAGUCGUUGUGGCACGCUCAGCUAUGAUUCUUCAAAGUCUCUCGAGCUAACGAGAAGUCUGUAUAUAUUAG